AACCCGAUAUCCGACCCAUAUAGGAAGAACGGAUAAAUCCGGCUUCUUUUCCCACCAAACAUCGUGAGCAACGAGACGCACCAAAGAAACCCUCGCUCGCUUCUUCGAUUUCUUCGAAGCUCUCUCUUUUUUUAAAAAAAGAAAGAAAGAAACCCAAUUCUUAUGGUGUUUUCAUCAAAGAAACUUGCCGUGUUAUCUUACAAACAAUAAUAAUUUUUUGUUGUUUGAAUUUUGGGACAUUAUGGAGUCUGCCAUGAAAGUUUCAUCUCCAAUAAUAUUUCCCGUAAAUUCAACACCAAAAUUGGGAAAAAAUAACUACAUUUCUUAUGGUUUCGGAUCCAAUGGAUACAAUUCGAUCUCUAAAAUCCGCGCAAUUUGUUCCAAUGGCCGUGUUUCAUCAUCUUCUUCUUCACAUGAGGCUGAGUCAAGAGCAGUGGGAGAUGCACACAGACGAAGAAGCAGUCUUGAAUCACUAUUUUGUUAUGAUAAACCUAUUCCCGAGGAAAGAAUUGAAGAGCCAGUUGGGGUACAUCUUGCUGAAAAAAUAGUUGGAGAUAAUCCCCGUUGCAUUGAUUGUCAAGCCAAAGGUGUUGUCCUUUGUUCCACUUGCUCUGGUUGCGGAUUAUACGUGGACUCGAUAUUAGAGAGCCAGGGUAUCAUUGUCAAAGUCCGCUGCCUAGGGUGUGGAGGAACCGGCAAUGUUAUGUGCUCGGAGUGCGGUGGCCUAGGUCAUCUAGGACCCAAAUAAUUUGCCGUCGGCGUCGGCCUCUUUACUUCUGGGGAAAUUUGUUUUGGCCUUUAUAUGUAGCAUUUGCACAUUGGAUUUUCAUUUCUUCAAGUCAUGUAGUUCAUGAUAAAAGAAAUUUGAUAAUGUAAUUUGAUUCGUGCCAUUUUCUAAUGAUGUAUGCUUUCGUUUUAAAA